AUGGAACGCGCUUCGAAGUAUGGGCGAGCUCUCGACACCACCGACAAGCUACGCGCGUUCCUAGACGCCCUCAAGUCCGGCCUGACCGGAAGCAACCGCAGCAAUCUGAGCCGCCGGAACAGGCUGUUUGCUGACGUGGGCGGUAGCGUCACACCCGGGCUGAUGCAGUACCUCGACCUGCUGGAAGCGGCGUACGACCGCCGGAGGGGGAGGCCCCAGGGGUUCUGCCGGGCGGUCUGCGGAACGAUGGUGGGCUGGGCGGAAGCGGAAGAGCGGAACGGUCUGGAGCACGAAGAACUAGAGGCGGAAAUGUUCUCGAAGUGGGGCAAAAGCGGGAAGGGGUUCUCAUUGGUCCCGGAGGCGCUGCAGGACGCGAUGCGGCCUGAGUAUAAGGCGGCGAUGGAAUAUGCGGCGGACUACCUGCUGAGCGAUUCCGGAUCGAGCGCGCUUAGCAGCGGCCUGAGGGUCGCAAAGGUCCUGACGGGGGUGUACGCCAUCCAAGAUCUGGACGAAGAUCUCGCUGACGUCAUGGUGGAGGACCUGUCAAGCCUGGAUCUCCCUGACGGGUGGAGAAACUACCUGCGAGAGAGCCGUGCGGAAACGGAAAUGACAGACACCGCGCCGGCCGCAGGGGCGCCCGCGGCGCGGCGCGUGCCCGCGCGCGCGCGCGGUUGGCCCGCGUCGGCUGUUUUCGACGUGGGCGGCUCUUCCGCAGAUGACCGAAUUACGUGCCCGGACUGCGGCAAGGGGUUCGCGAGCCGACACUCUCUGGCCAACCACAAGCGCGUGCACGAUUCUUGGCUGGCCAAGGACGUCGGUAGCAGCUCAAGGGGCCAGAAGAGCGGAGCGUCCGCCGUCGAUGUGGAUUCGGACGACGAUCGGACGGUCCGGCGUGUCCUGGAGAAGAAAGCCAAGUUUGGCUCCAGCCGGGGCGACCCAGCGAGAGAAAAAGCGUCCCCGAAAAAUGACGUGGCUGCCGACGUGGCGCAAGCUCUGAAGGCGAUGCUAGCAAAAGAAAUCAAAGCGGGCGCGCGGCUCCUUACAGAGGAGGUUUAA